CAUUUAUAGCAUCUGACUUGGUCACUGACGAUAAACACGAUGAACAAAUGCAGGAAGCAGAUGGCAGAGCAGUUCCUGAGUCAGGCCCUGGGCAUCAUCUGCCUACUGACCGGAGAGGAAUAUGCCAUUGUGAAGAAGAGGCCUUCACACGGCAGCAUUCACCGGCAGAGCGGAGAGGUGCCUAUAAAGUGUGAUGAUGUUGCUGUGUAUUUCUCUAUGGAGGAGUGGGAGUAUAUAGAGGGACACAAGGAGCUUUACAAGGACAUCAUGAUGGAGACUCACCAAGCACUAAGGACUAUGGAGAUCCCAGGAAAUGAGAGCUCAGAUGAUAUUAAUACUGAUGUAGAUGAUAAAACAGAAGAUCUGAGUGUAACGUGCCAGCUGGAAGCUCCAAUGCAGGAAAUGUGUAACAGUGACAAUGAAGGUGAUAUUAAGACUGAAGUUACACUUAAUGCUGAACAAACAAAUGAUCUGUAUGUAAAGAGUCAACUGGAAGCUGUGAAUCAGGAAAUCAGUGACAAUAUCAGUACAGGUGAAUUUACAGACUGCAAUAAUCUUGGACAUGGUCAAAGUGCUGGUACUUCGUUCAACCUUUUUCAAAAUCAAAGUAGCCACAUGGGAAAUGAAUGUUCUAAAUGUGGAAAAUGUUUUACCUUGAAAUCAGCUUUUAGUAAUCAUGUGAAAAUUCAUACAGAAAAGGAAGUAUUUUCAUGUUCUCACUGUGACAAAUGUUUUACUCUGAAAUCACGUUUUAUUACACAUCAGAAAAAUCAUAUAAAAAAGAAACCAUUUUUGUGUUCUGAAUGUGGAAAAUGUUUUACUUGGAAAUCAUAUCUUAUUAGACAUCAGAAAAUUCAUACAGGAGAGAAAGAAUUUUCAUGUUCUGACUGUGGAAAAUGUUUUACUAGGAAAUCAGCUCUUAUUAUGCAUAAGAAAUAUCAUACAGGAGAGAGACAAGGACAUCUUGUUACUCAUCAGAAAAUUCAUAUUAAUGAAAAUCAGAGGAUCAAAGUGCAACACAUAAUUGUCAUCCACACAUAG